AUGAACAAAUUAGGUAUAUUGUUGACAAAAUUACGCAUUCAACUUAUCGGUCGAUCAUCACCGUCAUCUAAUUCUAACAAUUUAGAAAGCUCAGCAGUUGAUCCAAUGCCAUACACUCUAUCAUUUGGUGCAUUUAAGUUGAUUGUUGUUACAACUUCAUCAAUUGGAUUUGGCGCUUUCUUAGCAAAAGAAGUAGCCCAAUUUUUAAAGAAAAAUAAAGUGUUUAAUCCAAAAGAAGAAAGAAAUGAUUGA